AUGUCAACCCUAGAUAUAGACAAAUUGGUGGCAUCAUUGAUAUCCUCUAAGAUCAAAGAGAGGAAUGACGCGCUUAGUUUGCUAGAAACAAUAUCAAUUUCCAAAUUCAAACUAUCACUGGAUCAAUUCAAGAUCUUGACCCAGGCUAUUCUCAAGCUAAUUGAACAUGAAUCAAGGGUGUAUUACAACAACAAGUCCUCUCCAGUUGAACUGAGACUAUCACUAUCUUCUUAUUAUUUGAGAUUACUCACCGAAAAGUCAAUUGAGGAUACAAGUAAGACGUUGAGGAAUCGAAUAUAUAUUGACCUUUGUAAUGGCAUAAUGGAGCACUUCUUUAUAGAGAGUGGAAUCCAGCUUGAACCUUGCUCAAUUGAUUUCAUGAAGACCAUAUCUGCCAUUUUGAAUGUUGGGUAUGUGAAAGAGCAUUUGAACAAGAAAAGUUGGGUCACGAUUUACAAUUUCUUACUUGAUAUAAUAGAGCAGAGUAUCAUUAGUGAUGCUGAUUCACUUUCUUUGUCUAGACUGAAUGAAAUGUUGUUUGUUGAGACAUAUAAUGCACUUCAAUAUUUAUUACAAUGUGACAAGGAUAUUUCAGUUAAUUAUAUCGAAAUAUAUGAAGAUAACAAUUAUUUUCGUCUCUUGCUGGCUUUGGAUAAGACAAUACAAGUGUUGAAGAAAGAAAAUAUUGCUGUUAUAAUGGUAUUCCGAAUUAUAAAUAAGUUGAUUAUCACCAUAUCCACAGUUAAUUUCAGAUUUGUCAAUAAAAUGAUCAAAUUGGGUAUUCAAUUAAUGAUUUUCUUCAAUGGUACUCAAUGGGGAAAGCUUCAUGAGCAAUUUUUAAUAUUUAUCAAUUUGCCAGCGACUCACAAACUUAUUCAUUUACAUCAUUUGCCAAAGCUUAUCGGUGAAGGGUUCAUACCUGGAGAUAUUUUAGACCCUGGCUUACUCGAUCAAGAAGACGAAGAGGAAUCCAUCAAAUCACAAGUAGAACAAGGGGACAUGAACAAAGAAGAGGUAUUGUUAUAUCAUAUUCGAAUACUAUUACAGAAUUUAAUUAAAAGGGCGUCAACCUCUGACUUUGAACUUAAGCCUAAUCAGAUUGGCAUUUAUCUUCCGGCUAAAUCUGUACAACUCAAUCAUGACGAUUGGUUUCAAUUCAAAUCUGUAUACCUCAAGUCUGAAGAUUCUAAAUCGUGGAUGUUAAUAUCAGGAAUAACGAAAUUACUAGAUACUUAUUUUGAGUUCAAACUGAUUUUGCAAGAAACCUCAUCAGAUCCAAAUUCCUCACUUUUUGGAAACUCUAUGUUUAUUGGAAAUUCAAGGAAUAAACGACAAAAGUUAGAAACAAUAGGUGAUGCAUUGAACCAUUCAAGGAAUAUCACAGAGUUUUGCAAUCGUUUAAUACACUCCAAGAACUCGACAGAGCACCAGAUUUUAGGUUUGAAGAUAAUAACAUUUCGCCUUGAAAUGCAGAAGAUAGUUUAUAAUCCACAAUAUAAUAAAUCUUCCCAACUUACUGAGUCCACAACUAGUACUGAAGUCACAAAAACUUUCAUCAAUAGUAAUACCACUUUAGAUAUCUUAUUGUCCAAUUCUGAUGAAGGAGAUUUUAAUAGAAAUGUCAUUUUUAAGAACAUUCUUGGAACGUUUGAUAAUGUCAAGUUAAAUUUCUGGAGUCUUCUUGCAUCUCGUGCUAUUAUUCUUGAAGAAAUAUGGACCGAAAGUGAUACUCGAACAUUGCCACAAUAUGUUGGUCAAAUAUUGAAAUUAUGCUUUUUACUUAUCAAACAACAGCAAACGGUAGCGAUGGCAUGUAACUUGAUAUUUCUAAUUGUAUUUCAACAAUCCAAUAAACUAAAUGAACUUGUUGACGACUCAUUACUAAUUCAAUUGGGUUCUCUUAUCGACUUGGCUGAAAUUAGUGGACCUUGCAGUAUAUCUGAAGAAAGCUUUCAGUACUGGUUUGCAAUCUACAAGUUGUCCAUUGAUGUAAAUUUACCAAAGAAGGAUAUAUUGGCCGUUCGAAUUCAAGAUUGGCUUUUAUCCAAAUGGGAAGGUACAUUACAAAAUCAAGAUUUGGACAUAUUGUUUUAUUCAAAUAUAGCUGAGUUUGUCUAUUGGUUAGCUGGAAAUCAAUGUGAUUAUAGAAUAAUUAACUAUCUUCAUCAGUUGUACAAUGGUAGCAAUAAGGAGGUUUUCUAUUUUACUCAAACAUUCAGAGAAUUGGAAUCGUGGUUGUUUUUAGAGCCAGUCUAUUCUACUCCCCAUAUAAUUUUUGACUAUAAUAUGGUGAGUUUACCAGGAAGCAUAAGCCUUAAUCAAAUUUUUGAAAAAGUAACGGAAACAUUUAAAUUAUAUAAUUCAAGCGAUGUUAGUAACAAAAGGUACCUACAAUGGUUGGCAAUAACUCAGAGAAUUAGUGACAAAUUUAAAUUAAUGGAUUCAUUCUGCAGUUCUACGGAUGGUUUAGAUUAUCAUUUGCAAAUGGGCAUAGCAUACUUUCGUCAGCAAAAUAUUAGUGCCGGAGAAUGUUUGGAUUUGAUUGAAGUUAUUGUCCCUGAGGAUUUAGAAUGUUUUGAGAUGUUUGUAAAAGCGGGUAUCUUUGAAAAACUUGUAAAUUCAUUUAAAAGUGAAAUAUACUCAAGAACAACCUCCAAACAUAAAGUUAAUGCAAAUCAAACUCAAGAGGAUGGAUUUGAAAGAGAAUUUUCCGCAGUUAGAGAUGCAAAUACGCCUUCAACACCUGCCUCAAAUGAAAAGAUGGUGAAUUUGUUGCAAUUGAAAUAUAUGAAACCCCAUAGUUUGAAGGUGUUAGAACGCUUAGGGAGUUGUUAUAAAACCCCUGAAGAAUUGAUUAAAGCUCUUGUGAAGUACUUGGAAUAUUUGGAAGGUGUUGAUCUUUUGCUUGCAGUUUUGUACUGCGUUAAAUCUGUUGUGCCAAUUUGCACUACCAUUUCAACAUUUAGUAAAUUUAUCACAACUAUUGGAGAGAAAUUAUUAGGUAAUCAACAUCUGGAACGGAAUGAACUUGUUUUAACACUGAUUCUAGAUUUAAUGAGUUACGUGGUGGAGAAUAACCAGGCAGAGAAACAAUGCAAUGAUAUUUCCAAGUGGCUAAUACAAUGUGGUGAACGAGAGCUUAUACUAACAGAAUCAUCGGUGAUAGCUUACUGUGACUUGUUGGUGAAACAAUAUAAACAUAUGGAACCAGCAAAGUCUGAAUUAUUUCAUCAAUUUGCUAAAGCAACAAAUAAUGUUAAAGUCAACUUAGCCGACAAUAUAACUGUUGGUACUAUAUCUGGAAGCCAAGAAGAUGAUCAGGAAAUAGUAUCCCUCUAUAAUAAGCUUUUUGAAACUUUUCCUGACCCUCAACAAUCAGUAGAAACUGCUGGGACAUAUGCUUUAUUUUUUACAAGGUUAUCUUUGAAGUCUUCAAGUUUGUUUUAUUGUUCUAUUUUUAAUCUUCUUCAAUGUUCUAGAUUCAGCUUUUUCAUGCCAUAUUUGGAAGCGUGUCUUCAAACAAUCUGCCAACAAAGGCAAAUGAAGGGCCCAUUAGAAUUGUUCAAAACAGCCAAACUUGAUAUUUUAUGCUAUUGGUGGAAGUUAGAUGAUAUUGAAAGAUUCCCAUUCAACUUAUUUGAUUAUCCUGAUCUUCAAACAUUUUAUAGAGAGAAUUAUAGGGAACUUUCUGCAGUAUCCAUAUCUACAUCUCGAAACAUAACUGCAAAGUCCAAUGCUGAUUUUAUUGAAAAUUUAGCCUCAUUGAAGAACACUGACUCAGCAACACUUGUUUCGGAAAGUUUGUCGCUAAUAGUUCUGGUAGCUUACUCAUCUCAAGGUAUUAGAAAUGAGGUGUUUGAUAUAAUUCAGCAAUACUUCCAGGGCUCAUUCAAACAAGAAUUUAAGGAUAAGUUGUCUAUGAUUGUACUUGAAAUUAUUAAAUUUACUGAAAUUCCCGAUAAUAAAGAGUUCACUGAUUACUUUAGAGGGAAUGAGCUUGCAUCUAUUUUCGAGUCUUCAUUCACUAAGGUUGACCAGGGAAGUGUUGUUAUCUCAUUCAAAUCUAGUUUAGAGUUAAUUAAGAAGUUGGUUGUCAAGUAUCAUGGUCUGGCAAAUGAUUUUUGGAAUGUUAAACAAGUUUACUUUUUGAUCCGAAGAGUUUCAACCAUUUUAAGUGUUAUCCAGAAUCCAGAUCAAAUAAAGAUCGCACUUACUAAGAUUAGCUUAAUUCUUGUUCUAGGAGGGUAUGGAUCGAUCGAUCUAUAUGUGACUCGGUUGCUCGUUAGUAUAAUAAGGAAUUUACCAGUUGAAUGUUUCGAUUAUAAACCAUUUGUUUCAUCUAUUCUCGUUUGCUUUCAUGAUUUGUUUCAUCAUAAGUAUGAACAGGAAGAAUCGCUCCCUUUGGUUAUCCAAAUACUUGAGCUCUCAUUCAGUUAUGCUGAUAUUGAUAAGGAUUUGGUUAGAUAUAUCGAAGUAUAUACUCGAGAUUUCGAGGGAAUGAAUUCAAUUCGUCAAUUCUUGGAUGGUAUAGUUGAAAUUUAUAAACAGAAUGAUACAUGCCCAAAAUUAUUGCAUUCAUCAAUGUUGGAGCUGUGCUUGGAAACAUUAGAUUUUUGUCAGAAGGAUGCACUGGUAUUUAUAAGGCUCAUAUCUCAUAUAUUUCCUUAUGUGGGAAUUUUUGAUCAUGCUGGAGAUCGGUUACCCGUGGUGGAAAAUUUGUUAAGGAUUGAUCAAGCAGAAUUAAAGUAUUUCAAUAAAGACUUCAAGAUUUGGAUUGCUGACUACCUUUCUCAAUUUUACCUUGGAGGUGGGGCUCUCCAAGAAAUUAAAGUUCUAGAUAAGGAUGAAUACAAUGGAAUCAAAGGAGAAGAGUUUGAAAAGGAAGUGCUGUUCUUUGACUUUAUUUUCGACAAAAUUAUUGAUCAAAUUAGUGGAUCUGAUUUUGACUCAGCAGCAUGUGCGGAGUCUAUAUUAGGUGUAUUGAUUAUGAAGUUUCAACACAACAAUAAGGAGUUUGAAAAGUUUUUGAAUUUUAAGGAGAUUUACAAAACGUACAAGGACCAAAUUUUAUCAAUUGAUUUUCAUACAUGUGCCCUUUUGAAUGAUGAAUUGGAUGUUGACUAUUUGGGUGAUAGUUUGUCUGAUAUAAUUGAAAAUCUUGAACUGUUUCUAGAGGCUGACUUGGAAUUGUGGACCACAAGACUUUACUUGGUUCUUCUUCAAGAAUUGGCACCUUAUACUAGCAUUGCUCCUUUAUUAAGUACAUUUGUCAUCAAAGUGAAGAGUUUUGCCAAAGAGUCUUUAGCCGAAUUGAUUUGUUACUACCUUGUGUUAAAAGGCAAACCUGGAGAAAAGACGAUUAUUUCUAUUCUAAAUGCAUUCGUAAACUCGCAUAAUAGUAAAAGGUCUGUGGCCAGGAUAUUUUUGAAGAUUAUCACUACAAUUAGGAUAGGAGCUUAUAAGAAUUUAGACAAGUUCUUGGAUGUAUUUGAAAAGGUUGAUGUUUUAUCUUUCUACAAGUUGGCUGUCAAAAACAAACAUUUCCGAACAGCAAUGAUGUUAUUUGAAGAUGCAGUGACACUAGAACAACCAGGAGCUACGUUGGAAGAUGAAUAUCCAUCAUUGCGGACAGUUUAUGAAUCGCUUGAUGAUGAUGAUUUGAUCUAUGGAUUGCCAGAAAAACCAAGUUUGGAGUAUGCUAUCUCCUUAGAACAUAGACAUGGGUAUUCUGCUGAAUUGCUUCAAUACAGUAGUGCGGGGUUUGACUCGGACAUUACAUUAACAGGGAAGUCUACUAAUUAUAACAUCGUUGAGUCGCUCUCAGAAAAUGGUUUACUUGGUGUAUCAAGACUCAUUAAUAGAAGUACGGGUUCUAUUAUUAACUGUGCUGAACCUUUUGAAUGGAGUUGGAAACUCUCACAGUGGGAUUUGCCAGUGACUGGAACUGCCACGAAAGAGAAUGAAGUGAUUUACAAGACCUUGAAACAGAUACAUGAUUAUUCUAUUAAUGCUAAUGACUGCCAAAACAUGGUAUUGAAUGUUCUUGAGAAUAAACUACCUAGUUCCGAGAGCAAUCUUAGCAUUAAGGAAUAUAGAACACAGAUUAUCCGCUGGAUGAAAACCAUGAGUGAAAUUUCUACAAUUUCUAGUAUUGUAAACUAUCAGGAUGGUAAAUUCAGCAAGUUUGUGAAGUCAUACAAUCAGCGUACUCGAUGGUUUGAAGAUUCAGAUCUUGAAAUGUCGGAAAAUAUAAUGUUAGCUAGAAGAACUGCGUUCCAGCUCCUUAGCACGAAGCUAAAGAAGCCUCGAUCUGAAUUGACCUCAAAUUAUGAUCUUUCAAAAAUACAUUUGCUGGAAGAUGAAAUUUGGCUUGGGUCGUUAAAUGAUUUAGUAAGAUAUAAUAAUUUAACUAGGCAGGCUGGUGAACUGCAAAAGAUGGUUACUUCUACAAUGUUGAUUGAUGGAAUAAGCAAGUCUAAAUUUGACAAUGCGGAACACUCACUUCGGCUCAAUGUGUCUAAUUUAUGUAUGUAUCAAACAGCCCAAAUGCUUUGGACACAAGGCAAUUCCAGUGUACCUGUUUUAAUGAUGAAAGAGUUGUAUGAUCGUGGGGGUGUUGAUAUAAAGGAAGUGGGAAUCCUGAUUGAUAAAUGCUUGAUAAGGGCUAAGAUGGUAAGUUGGAUGUCAGAGUCUAGACAAGAAUUAUCCUCAAAUAUAAUGGAGAAGCAUGUAAUGCCCGUUGCCAAUAUGGCACUUUCUAUGGCAGAUAUACAACAGGCUGCGAAAGUCUUUCAAUUGUUUGCCCAUUUCUGUGAGGCGCAGUAUAAAUCCAAGUCGUUGAACGAAGCAAUUUCGAAGCUUGAAAAGAGAGUUGCCAAUAAGCAAAAGGAAAUAAAUGAACUUAAGGAUCACUACGGGAAAACUGCAGUUCCAGAUUCUGAAAAGAAGACAGUACAGAAGUUUUAUUCGAAAUUAAAAAUGCUGUUCAAUUCAGAAAGUAUGGAUUUGAAAUCACUAGUACAGAGUAGAGAUCUCUUUUCGACUAAGGCAGUGGAGUAUUAUUUGGAGAGUAUAAUUGUCGGUGACGAUGUAGAAGAAGAUCUAGAUAAGUUUUUUGCAUUGUGGUUGGAGCAGUCGAGCAAUGAGACACUUAAUUCAAGAAUUAAAGCUAGUAUUCUUUCUUUACCAAGCUUUAAAUUGAUAAAUUGGUGUAUCCAGUUGAUCUCAAGAUUGACAAAAGAUGCUACUGAAUUCCAGCUGAUUUUACAAGAGUUGAUUAUUAAUAUGUGUGUCGAUCAUCCGCAUCAUUCUUUAUACUUGCUUAUUUCAUUGAGAAAACACAAACAAACAGCUGAAACUACAUCUAACCCGUUGUUACUUUCUAAAUGUAGUGCUGCGGAUAUUAUUUGGGAUGAAUUGCUUCAUAAGGAUGAUCAUGUUAUAGAGAACUUAUUAUUGCCGAUAGAAAAGUUCAGUGAUGAGUGUGUGAAACUUGCGGCGUACAAGGCUAAUAAAGGUAAAACUUUAAAUUUAGAGAAAUUGAAUGUGGGUAGUUACUGGUUGAAGCAAUUGCCGUCUAUUCCACCACCAACCAAAUUCUUAAAAGUUGAUCAAACAAAAGCUUAUAACAAUGUUCCUGUUCUUGUAAGUGUGGAACACAAGUUAACUAUUGCAAGCUCUGGUUUAAGUUUACCCAAGAUUGCAACAUUUAAUCUUUCAGAUGGUACACAGCAUAAAAUUUUAUUAAAGCAUGGCACUGAUGAUUUGAGACAAGAUUCAAUUAUGGAACAGGUUUUCAAUAAAGUUAACAAUAUCUUUGCUCAAGAUCGUGAAUGUAAAAAAAGAAAGUUAAGAAUUCGAACAUAUAAUGUGGUCCCUCUUGGUCCGCAAUCAGGUAUAAUUGAGUUUGUUCCCAAUACAACCGCAUUGAUAGAUAUUAUUAAACCAUAUCAUGAUGCUCAUGACAGGAUCAAGUAUGAGAAGGCACGAGAAAUCAUGAAAGCUUGUCAGUCUAAAGACAAGUCAGAAAGAUUGCGUGAAUAUGAAAGAAUUACGGUUGGUUUAGAACCAGUGUUGCGUUAUUUCUUCCAAGGAACAUUCUUAAAUCCUGAUGCAUGGUUUCUGAGUCGAAUAAAAUAUACCCAUGGUGUUGCCACCUCUUCUAUCGUUGGAUAUGUGUUAGGUCUAGGUGAUAGGCAUUGCAAUAAUAUUCUUUUGGAUAAGAAUUCUGGUGAACCUGUGCAUAUUGAUCUUGGUGUUGCGUUUGAUCAAGGGAAAAGGCUUCCUGUCCCUGAGACUGUUCCAUUCAGAUUGACUCGUGAUAUAGUGGAUGGAUUUGGUGUCACUGGUGUUGAAGGGGUUUUCAAGAAAUCAUGUGAACAUACAUUGAGGGUGUUACGACUGAAUAGAGAUCAUAUAAUUUCCAUUUUGGACGUGUUGAGAUGGGAUCCAUUAUACUCGUGGACUUUAUCUCCCCUUAGAAAGAAGAGACUUCAAGAUGAUGAUACUAAUGUUGGGUUCCAACCUGAAGAAGAUGGUUCUGAAGCAGGAAGAGCUGUACAGGUAGUUGCUGAUAAGCUAACAGCUGGUGGGUUGAGUAUUGAAGCUUCAGUUAGAGAACUAGUACAGGAAGCAACUAACCCGCAGAAUUUAGCACUUAUAUACUUUGGAUGGUGUCCUUUCUUUUAGAUUUAUAGAAAUAUAAAGCGCUCUUGUA